AUGUUUAUUAUUCUAUACUUAUUGCUUGCUCUCAAACCCUCAAUAGACACUCUCACCAAAACUUGGCCAAGCCCCAGCGAGUUAGUUAUAUUUGGCAAUGAUCUUCUCUCAUUCGCAAGGACCUGGAGUGUGGCGAACUCCACUGCAGCUGACCAAAUUAUCAACACCGGGAACCAGCUCGUUGGACCAUUGGCACUUGAUCUGACUGAGUCGACAAAAAUACGCCAAAACCUGACUACCCAAUUUCAAACACUUAUGAACAACCGAGGCAUAAAUGCUAAAAUUAUGGCCAUCAUUGAUGCCAACGACUAUAUCAAAUUAGUGAGUUUGUAUGCACUAAAGGAGGUUGAUCAUUAA